UGUAUAGGCAGACACGGCUCCAGGCGGCAGCUCUAUACACUGCGAGCCGGACACAGAAGAGAAGGCUCCGGGCGCCCUCUGCUGGCCGCUCCGGGUAGUGCACCCCCCCGCUGCAGACUGCGGGGACCGCGGGAUUGAGAGUGGACCCGGAGCCCGGCAAGCAUGAACCCGGGGAGCCGCUCCCAUCCGUCCCCGGAGCACGAAAGCGCCAAGCCCGGGGCCGCCCGCCCCCACCCGUCCACGGAAGCCGGCAGCUCGAAGCCCGCCGCCCGCACUGAGCCUUCCCCGGAGGCCGACCGAUUCGGGGUGCUCAGCACCGAACAGCUCCGGCAGCUGCUGCAGGACGAGGGGAAGCUGCAACGUAUUGUCCGCCUGAGCGAGCAGGUACAAGCACUCCAAGAGGAGAGGAAAAUAUCUUUGGCUUCUAACUUUGAGCUUGCUCAGAAAAACUUGUCUCUUCGCCCACGUUUGGAAACUGGGAAGGCCAACCUGGCAAUUAAGUACCAGCUGUUACGUGAGACGUGUGCAUCUUGUCGUGGGAAACUACGAAAAAUCCAGUGCCUCUUGCAGGAAUGUAAUCCACAUGUUGCACUCAGCCACCUGCAGGAGGAGCUGCAGAGUACCGAGGCAGAAUGUGAGGCCCUCUCUCAACUGUUCCUUGAGGGCUCCCUCCCUCUCCUUCUUUUCCUGGAUUCUUACCACUUGCUUCGGGCUCAGUGUCACAUCCGCAGGAUCCAGAAUGAGAAGAUGCUUGAGCUUCUGGGAGAAACUCUUGAACAGGACACUUCAGCCCCAAACCAGGAACUGCCUCCUGAUCGGGAAGUUUCCCAACAACCUGCCAAAUUACCCUCUGACCAGAACCUGGCUCCAAAGUCGCAGGAACUUCCCCCACAGUCCAGAAAACAGCCCCCCAAGCAGGCCUUGCCCACCCCACAAUCCACCAAAAUGCCCCCUAACCGGGAUCCUCAAAUGAAGCCUCGUGAUGUGGCUCCAGGGGGAAAACAGCCUUCUCGACCCCGAGAACUGCCCAUCCAAAUCAGCAAAGUGCCCCCUGAAAGGAAACUGCCUUCCAACCCCAAGGAAAAGCCCCACAACCCCAGAGAUCAGACCCCCCAGGCCUGUGCUCAGUCUAUCCCUUCCCCUGCUGCCCCCUCACAGAUGCCCCCGGCUGUAUUUCGUCUGCCUCCUCUGCCAUGUGGAAUGGGGCCUGCUUUGUUGAUCCCAGCGGAGGUGCUGUCUCCUUUUCAGGGUCCAAAUGCCCAGUCCCCAGGAUGUGUGCCACCUCUGGGGCGAUCUAACGGUCAGCAGCAGCAGCCACCUCGGGCUCCUCUGCGUUUCAUCGCUCGCAUCUACUUCCUGAGCACUCGGCACCUAAGGGUGCUGUCCAGAGCCCAGCGGCAGCAGCAGCAGCAACACCCUCCAAAGCGAUAAGUGAGGGGUUGCGGGUGGACAAGGGAGUGGGGCAAUUUAUGGGACGGGGGACAGGGUAGUUGUCUGUGAGCCUGUGGGUGAGUAUGGCUGUGUGAUUCUUUUGCAGACAUUGUUCCUUUGUCAAAGCAGGAUGUUCGUCUGAUUCUUUUCAAGGUAUGAAAGGUGAGUGUACAUGUGUGCAGGUGUAGGCUGGCUCCAAGUGAACUUAUUGCCUGUAUAGAAUGUAACUGAGUGAGUCAUUUUGUUUGGCGCGCAAUGUGUAUGUGAAUGCUGUGUAUUCAAUACUUCCCUCCUGGUUGUUUACUGUGUAACAAAAAAUGUGUGUCUGUGCAGAAUCACUGUGUAUGCUGUGCCUGCCUGAUGUUUUUAGAGUAAUCUAUAUGGAUGGUAAAUUUGUGUGAAUGCAGAGUAUGUGUGCAUUGUCACCGGACAUUAUGGAUAAGUGAUCUAUAUGUAUGAUAAGUCAUGGUAAGUCUCUACUUAAAAGGUCACAUUAACUAAAAGAGAAUAUUGCCUUAUAGGUGGAGACUGCUGGGCUAUGCCUCUGGCUGGCUUCUUGUAUCUCUAGGGUAGAUCUCCUUGCCAUAUUUCCAUGCUCGUGGAGUUUUCCCACUCCUGUUGUAUUUUUUAUAACAGGAAAUAAACGAUGAACCAAGUAGGAAGGGUAAUGGCUGCAGCAGGUGUGCAGUCCUGGGAACUUAAGCACAGAGAUCUUAAGCCAGCCGGCCAUACAUGGAUUGAAAUUCGGCUGGUUUAGCAGGGGACUUGCUGAAUAUCGAUUUACUUAUGGGCUGUCUGAUUGUACACAAGUCGAUCCAUCCCCAUCCAACACUGAAUGUGUUGGGGGUAGGGUGACCAUAUUUCCAAACUACCAUUCAGGGACACCCCCUUCCCAAAAAUCAGCUUGUGGUGUAACAAAUCACAG